AUGGAGGUUGAUUUUGAGGAAGGUGUUGAGGUGGUGAUCAACCUUCGAUAUGAAAAGCUUUUUGGUUUCUGUAGAAACUGUUCUUCUAUGACGCAUGACCAGUCACGUUGUCCAAGCCUGUUGGAGGAAGAGGUUUCUAUCACUGAGGUUUCAAACUCAGAACAAGGGGAUUUUGCUACAAGUUAUAGGGCUGUGGUGACUAAUGGGAAAGUGAUGGGGGAAGCUAUUAGAGUUGGAAAUCAGGUGGCACCACGAGGGAUGAUAGAAAGAGCCAAAGGUAAGGGGAUCAUGCGUGAGAGACAUGGUGGUUUCAGGCAAGAUGGGGUUCAUCGUUCGUAUAAGGAUAAGUUCUCGAGAGGGUUUGGUGAAGGGUCUUCUCGUGGAGGAAGGCAGUACGGCUAUGGGGCUCCAAGGGGCAUGAAUGGUCGUUUUGUUAUCAACUCCAAAGGCACUCAAAACUUGCAGAUCGCCAAGGAAGGAACACAUCUUAGCAAUCCUCAGAAAUUGAUGUUGGGUGCUCAGCAGGUCCCUAAGAGUCAAGAAAUUAUGGUGGGUGAUGGAAGCCAUUCUAAGGCCAGGAAAUACCUCAAGUUUGAUGAGGAGGUAAGAGCCGAGGAUUUGGAUAGUAAGAGGUUUGAGUCUUUGGUUGAAGACAAUAUUCGCAGGAAGGAAGCUAGGCAAAAUGCUUCUGACAUCGUGGAGCAGGAUAUGAACUCUGCUCUAGAUGAUGCUAACUUGAUGGUGGAGGGUGAACUUCUUUCUGAUUCUGAGCUUCUUAGUGAGGAAUGCGAAGAAGGUGAGGUUUGUGAUUUAAUGGACGAGGCAGAAUUGGAGACUGAAGAUAAUGUGGCAAAGGUUGCAAAGAAGAAGGUUAUGAAGCCUAGGGCUUUUGGGGGAGCAACGAAGAAACGUAUCGUUCAGAGCAUUCUGUCACCUAGGAAGAAUAAGUUUCCAAAGGGACCAGGAAAGAAUGGAAGCAAAGGUAAUGGUGAGGGAAAGAAGACAAUUCCCAAACUAAAGAGGCUUCAGAGUAAGGAAGGUGACGAUUGCGUGAUCUGGUGCUUUGUUUUAUUUCAGUUUUUGAAUAAUGAUGGAUUCUGA